UCACAGCUUCCUGUUAUGGGAGGAGCCUUUAUGGACUCACCCAAUGAGGACUUUAGCACAGAGUACUCCCUGUUCAACUCAUCAGCCAACGUCCAUGCAGCUUCUUCCAUGCAGAAUCCACCAGAAGAGACAUCCCGUUCUUCAAAUGAUGCCAUAUUGUUAUGGAUUGCAAUAAUAGCAACAAUUGGAAAUAUUGUGGUUGUGGGAGUGGUGUAUGCCUUCACCUUCUAGGAUGACUGUCACUACAAACACUGGAAGAAAGGAAAUCUUCAACAGUAUUUGUCAUGUGUAUGUAUGUAUGUAUGUAUGUAUGUGUGUAUAUAUACAUGUAUAUCUAUAUAAAUACAUAUAACUAGAGACUUUGUUGAUUAAGUGCUGCCACAGUCAUGGAAAUGAAAUGCAAGUUAAUCAUAUUAAGUCUUGAUGGCAGAAAGUUUGGAUGCAAAUUAUGUGGAGGUGAGAGCUUUAUUUGAGAACAGAGCCAAUACCAGUUUUGUAUAGAAAUGUAAUAAAAGAGAGAUCAACUUGGGUAUAGUAAAUACAGAGAGAGAUAUUUAUAUAGAAAGUGCUUAUUUUUUACUGUAGAUUUUUCUAGUAGCUCUUCUGCAGUUUGUCAGCUUUCUUUUUUUUUUUUUUUGUGUGUGCAUUUUUUACUGUGGUAUAACGUUAUAUGGAAUUGUUCCAGGUCGUGUUUUCUGGACAUAAUUUCCUUGAUGAACCAAAUGGUUGGCAUUGGUUUGGUUCUGAUGAAGUCCAAGUUCAUCGUGUGUGGGUCUUCAGCAUGGCUGUAGACUCCUGGGCUGGAU